GUCUUUCACGUCGUUUGUUUUGGCAGCGCACACACCAGGGUUUGUGACAGUUUCUAAAGAAGUUUCCAGCCGUUUGACGAGCCGCUUCCUCGUCCGUGAAGAUGUCGACGCCGCUCGAAAAGCCCCAAAUCAUCGCCCACAUCCAGAAAAGCCUGAACUACACCAUUUUCGACAGCAAAUGGAUCCCCUGCAGCGCCAAGUUCGUGUGCCUGGGCAACUUCGCCAGAGGGACGGGGGUGAUGCAGGUGUACGAGGUGCAGCACGGGGAGCUGCAGCUCGUCAAGGAGGUAGAGAAAUCCAAGCCCAUAAAGUGUGGUACAUUUGGGGCCACCUCUCUCCAACAGAGACACAUAGCCACUGGGGAUUUUGAUGGAAAUCUCCACAUAUGGAAUCUGGAGAUGCCUGAAGUGCCAGUGUACUCUGUAAAGGCUCACAAAGAGAUAGUGAACAGUAUAGAUGGGGUCGGAGGCCUUGGGAUUGGUGAUGGUGCACCCGAGAUAGUCACUGGAAGCAGAGACGGGACAGUGAAGGUUUGGGAUCCCAGACAGAAAGAUUCACCUGUGGCCAACAUGGAGCCUGUGGAGGGAGAAACCAAGAGGGACUGCUGGACUGUUGCCUUUGGUCAUGCUUUCAAUGAUCAGGACCGCUGUGUGUGCGCCGGCUAUGACAACGGAGACAUCAAACUGUUUGACCUCCGCAAUAUGUCCUUACGGUGGGAAACCAACAUCAAAAAUGGGGUAUGCUGUGUGGAGUUUGACAGGAAAGACAUCAGCAUGAACAAGCUGGUGGCCACCUCACUGGAGGGAAAAUUCCAUGUGUUUGACAUGAGGACCCACCACCCCACCAAGGGCUUCGCCUCUGUUUCCGAAAAGGCUCAUAAAUCAACCAUCUGGCAGGUGAGGCAUUUGCCUCAGAACAGAGAAAUCUUUAUGACUGCAGGUGGAGCAGGCAACCUACAUCUAUGGAAAUAUGAAUACCCUGCUCAGAGGAGCAGGAAGGACUCAGAUGGCGUGGACAUGGGUGUGGCCGGCUCAGUCAACCUCUUACAGAACGUCACUCUGUCCACUCAGCCAAUCGCAAGCCUGGACUGGAGUCCUGACAAGCAGGGCCUGUGUGUGUGCUCUGCCUUCGACCAAUCUGUCCGUGUGCUCAUUGUCACCAAACUCAAUACAGUGUGACAGCAGAAUAUGUCACAGACUGAUGGUCAGGCUCAGCACCACCCAAAAUGUGAGAGACGGCUCUCGCCCUUAAGAGAUGGUGUUGUUUCUGUGAGGCUGAAUUGGAGCCCUGGUUGUCUGUGAACUGAUGGUGUUUCAUUAGAGCAUGACAAUUUUCUGCUGUACUUCUUGGAAGAUGUCCAUCUAGUAUUUGCACAACUGGCACUCAUCUGUAGACUUACCUUGCCAGAAACUUGUUAACUCAAUUGAACUGGGUGUUGUUUUGCUGAGAUGAUCUCAUUUUGUCUCUAUUAAAUGGUAUCCAUGAAACAAGUGUAGUGCCUGGCUGUGCCCUGCAGGCAGGCAGUUAUCCUCCAGGAUCAGUGCAGAGAAUUACCCAUGUAAUACAAUGGAAGAUUUCCUGUCUUAUCUAAAAGCUUCCUUUGGGAUGUCGGAAUGAGUCAUAUAGCCUCUGAGCUUAGAAUAAUACUUUGGGGCUCAACUUUCACAUUUCAUCUUUCUCCUAUCUACUUAAAUUCAGGCAAGAUGUUGCCCUUCUAAGAGAAUGGUGUUUGCUUGCUGAAAUGUCUGUUUUGUUGCAAUUUUUGUGAUUAAGUGCAGAAGCACCAUGGACAAACUUUGUGGGUACUUCAGUUUUGUUUAUUGUUGUUACAGAUGUGACUUUUGAUAUGAAAUGAUUUCACUGACAAAUUUUCAGAUUAAAUGGGCUUU